UCAGAGCUUUCUACGAUAUAAUCAACGCACCAUGGAAGCAGAAAGUACCCAAGAUAUCAUCAUCGUCGGAGCUGGGAUCUCCGGUCUUGCCACCGCACUUGGUCUCCACAGGCUUGGGAUCAGAAGCAUAGUACUAGAAUCUUCUGAGAAGCUGAGAGCCACAGGAUUUGCAAUUUCUUUAUAUUUUAAUGCUUGGAAAGCCAUGGAAGCUCUUGGUAUCUCUCAACAUGUUCGUAGUCUCGGUGAUCGCUUUCAAGGAUGGGUGGUCAGACCUAUUUCUUCAGGGGAUCCUCCUAAAGAAAUGGUCUUUCAAGAAUCUGAAGAAUAUGAAGUUCGAUGUGUACAGAGGAAGUUGCUGUUAGAGGCUCUAGCUGGUGAAUUGCCUGAAGGGACCAUACGGUUCUCAUCUAAGCUUGUUCAUAUCGAAUUGUCCGGACACUACAAGAUGGUUCAUCUCUCUGAUGGGAUUAUACUCAAAACUAAGGUUUUGGUAGGGUGUGAUGGAGUGAAGUCAGUGGUUGGUAAGUGGCUAGGCUUCAAGAAUCCGGCUAAAAGUCCUCGGUUAGAAAUCCGUGGACUCACUCAUUUCCCGACAGGCCACGGGUUAGGGAGAAGGUUCUUUCAGUUUUAUGGCAAAGGUGUUCGUUCUGGUUUCAUCUCAUGUGACCAAAACACUGUCUACUGGUUCCUAACCCACACCUCUACUGAUUUAGAUAAGAAGAAUCACGAAAAUAUCAAACAGUUUGUGUUGGCCAAGAUCAAAGACUUGCCUGACAACAUCAAGAGUAUUGUGGAGACCACUGAUCUUGAUAAUUUGGUGAUGUCUCCAUUGAAGUAUCGACCUCCAUGGGAACUUCUUUGGGCAAACAUUGCAAAAGACAACGUAUGUGUUGCAGGGGAUGCACUUCACCCAAUGACUCCUGAUAUUGGACAAGGUGGUUGCUCGGCCAUGGAGGACGGAGUUAUCCUCGCUCGUUGUCUCGGUGAAGCUAUGAAAGCUGAGUAUAUUAAAGGUGAAAUAGAAGAUAAGGACGAGAAUUAUAAACGGAUUGAAGAUGGCUUGAACAAGUAUGCAAGAGAAAGGAGAUGGAGAAGCAUUGAUCUAAUAACUACAUCAUACACAAUAGGUUUCAUACAACAGAGUAGAGGGAAGUGGAUGGCCUUGUUCAGAGACAAGUUCUUAUCCUCUUUCCUUUCUUGGUUGCUGAUGAAAAAAUCUCAUUUCAACUGUGGAAAACUUAGCCAUGAAUGAGUCUCAAUGAGCAAGCACAAUGAUAGAGCACAAUGAUAGAGCACAAGAGCUUUAGUCAAAAGCUUGUUUGCUUCAAGUGUAGACUUUGAAGCUAAGUGGCUUAGAGUUUUAAAAUUUAUUUUCGAUUAUUA